AGGCGGGUAAUUCGAACGUUUCUGUCUCAGACGGCGCUCCGGUUGGCGCGAGCCCCGGCGGCGGCAGCGGCGGCGGCGGAGAUCGAGACCGGCUAGAUAUGUCAGAGAGGCGAACGCGGUCUGGAGGGGCCGCCCGGAGCUCCGGGCCCGCGGCCCCAUCUCCUAAGUCUCUGCGGAGGUCCCAGCGGAAAUCAGGCUCUGAUCUCCCGAGCACCCUCCCUGAAAUCUGUGCAAAGGCACCCCAUGCGGCUCCAAUCAGAAAGCCUAUCGUCUUGAAGAAGAUCAUUGCUCACACUGCAGAGAUCCCAUCUGUCAACUCGCCUCGCAGGAGCCCUAGGAUUGCUUUUUUCUUGGAGAAAGAAAACAACCCUCCUAGCAAGGAACCUAUGAAGGAGGACCUCUUCAAGAAAUAUAGUGUCCCCGACACCCCCACCACCACUCCUGUGCUGCACCCCCUGAAUGUCGAGUCCCACUCAGGGGAAGGAGCCUUGGACACUAGAGACUUAGAGAUGUCCAAGAAAGUCAGGCGGUCCUACAGCCGGCUGGAGACCCUUGGCGCUGCCUCCACCUCCACCCCAGGCCACCGCUCCUGCUUCGGCUUCGAGGGGCUGCUGAGGGCGGGAGACUUGGCCGGAGUCUCGCCUGUGGUGUGUUCAAAGUUACCCGAGGUCCCCAGGGUCCCCGCGCAGCCCUGGGCCCCUGACGCGACUCUCCCCGGAAUCUCCCCGCCAGUCGUGAAAGAGAAACGAAAGAAGAAGAAGGCGCCAGAGAUCCUGAAAUUGGAGCUGGAUGAGUGGGCCGCGGCCAUGAAUGCUGAGUUUGAAGCUGCUGAACAGUUUGAUCUCCUGGUUGAAUGAGAUGAAAUGGGGGUGUACCUGGCCAGACUCUCCCUUCCUCCCCCUGUACAUAGUCCCUUCUCCCUGUGGAGAAGACACUUGGAGUCCUCUCCCCUGGUCUUGUUACCUGUGCGUGUGCUGUUGAUACACAUGAGGCCUGUCCUCUUCUGAGGGCCUGUGCAGCUUCAGGAAGUGGGGCCUGCCUGCUGUCCUGCUGGUGUCCUGUCUCUAGUUGAGGCCCACCAUCCUCUCCUCCUACCUCCCAGAGUAUUCCAGCCACAGGAAGUUAAAGGGCUGGAGACUCUGGGUGAGAGAGCACCUUUGCCCUCUGCUCUUUUUGGGAGAUGUGGCUGCUCUGCCCAGCCCCAACAGAAACAGACACCGAGGGCCAUAGCCGGCCUCAAGCUUUCUCUCCUGAGUUGCCUUCUGUUGGUUGCUUGGUUCCCAGCCACGAGCCCGUCUCUGUAAAGAGGCUUGGGUUUCCUCUGGAUUCUGUAGAUGGUCCAGGAGAGAAUUCAUGGAUUGGGGCCAGCUCUAUCUGUGAGGAAGAAGCUGGAUACUCAGCCUAUAGAGUCUUAAGUUUCGAAGGAGAGAAGGAAGCCUUGGUUGGAUCUCAGACCACAAGCCUUUACUCCGCAGAAGCUGUGUUUUAUAGUUCUAUGUUCUGCUGUUGAGAUGUUCGGUUAGAUGCCAGGCUGACAGAGCUCUGGCUGCUGGGGGCAAAGAGGGCGCGUUCCAGGGUGUGGCCGCCAGGUGCCGCAGGCUCCAGACGUGGGGAACCUGAGGCUCAGGAUGUCCAGACAGGACACCUGCACGGGCUGGGUCGCUCACACCUAUUUCUUACCAAACACAGUGCACAGCGUCUCCUCAGCUCUAGAAGAAAAAUUUAUGGGUUGAACGGUCCUGUUCCCACUAGCAUUUUGCAGCUUCACCUGUAAAGUUCUAGGAAGCUUUUCUCAAGUGGCAGAAGGGGACAAGGGUUGAUAGCAGUUUUAACUUUUAGCUUCUGUAAUGUCCUCUCCCAUGAGGACACCGCCUGAGGUAGGUGGUAGGAGUUGAACUGGGGGGAAGGGGGUCAUCUCAUUGUCUCCGGGGAACCCCACUCCCCCCAACCCCGUUUCUGUUUUCUCAAUACUGGUAAAGGUGUGCUUUCAGAGGCUGCCCAGCCAUGACCUCCACCGUGCCCAUGCACCUUUUGAUGUUCACAGGUUCCUAGAAGUAGAGGCUAAGGGGUGUGGAGGGGCUUGUGGGUAGCAGAGAACGUCAGGGAAGAUAAGCGCUUGCCGGUUAGGGGACUUGAAACCACGCAGGCCUGGUGGGCGCCAGUGAAACUCUUUAUGAGGCCUGGGAGCCCCAGGCCACCUGUUCCACGAUUCGCGUUCUGUCAGACCAUGCAAGCCCCCUUGCCCAGUGGGCCCAGAUGCCCUCGAGCUGGACCACACCUGAAGAAUCCUUGUCCUCGCUGUCUGGCGGGGCCAAACUCACAGGGGGUGUCUUAGUCCUGCAGAAUCAGGAGUAGCCAGACUAUGUCGAGUUGAUGUCAUCACUGCAAACUUCUCUCUGUCCCUGGAAAACUAAGAAUGUAGAGUUUAAGGAAAAAUUGGGGUUUCUUUUUUAAAUAAAAAAAAAACCUGAUUAAAGAAUUUCUGCCUGUUCAUAGACUGUUUUCUUUUAGUGGGUCAAAGGCAGAGCCGAGGUGUGA